AUCGUGGCUCUGAGCUGGCCCUUUGGCAUAAGCAGUUUUCAGGCUUGCCUGAAGUCCUGUGGGCAGCCUGGACUAGACAUCAGUGAAAUGCCUUUUUUCUCCUCCCUUCCCGCCCUUUAGUGAGCUCCUGCUGCCUUCCUCUGUCUCUCUCCUUCUGAUUUGGAAACCUUUGGGGUCACCCAAGCUGGAAGUCAGCAGGAGAGCCUCAGAGUCUAAGGCCCAGGCUCAACACGUUCAUGGAUGCAAACCCGUGAGGUGGCUUAUGGGCUCGGGCUGAUUUAUGGAAACGGUGGCCUUUCCACCCCACUUUGACAUUUGCCGAUUCUCUGGGGAUGUGAGUAAGAAUGAAAGCCCUUACAGUAUUUGGCUUUCAAUCAAGCCUUUGCCAGUGCAGCUGAGUGGAUCAGAGGCUCGCCCAGGGCACCGAGCCGCCGCCUCCGGGACGCCCUCCAGGCCCGCACCGGGAAGAGAAAGGGGGGCGACCUUGCCCUCCGCCCCGCGGGCACCAGCCAUGGUGGGUCAUUUGCACUUGCAGGGGAUGGAGGAGAGCCUGAAGGAGAGGAGCCGGGAGGGCUUGCUGGACAGCCCGGACUCCGGGCUUCCCCCCAGCCCCAGCCCCCCUUUCUACGCCCUGUCCCCGGACGGCCGGGCAGCGGGGGGCAGCGCCAUCCCCACCGACCCCUCGGCCGUCGCCCCCCAGGAGGGCAGAGAGAGUGUCCACCCGGGGUUUGGGGACCAGAGCAGCGGUGUCUGCGACAACCACCUCCUCCUCCUGGAUCACCUGAGGCUGGCUAAACCCCAGGUCCCCUGUGCCUUCCCCUGUACCCUGGUUCCCGAGAUGAGGCCUCGGAUGUACCCGGUGUUCUUCGGGGAAAGCAUCGAAGUCAACCCCCAGCCUGGGCAGGAAAUCCGGUGGAACUCUGAGGUGAAGUACGACUCCGAGAAGCACUACCGCGAUGACAUCUUCUACGUCCCUGUCCCCACGGUCACCUCCUUCAGCGAGACCAUCAUUGCCACCCCCAACUGCACCUGGCGGAACUAUAAGACACAGCUGCACCUGGAGCCCCGCCCCCGGCCCCUGCGCUUCCAGACCACCACCAUCAUCUACCCCAAGCACGCAAAGAACACUUUUCGCACCACACUGCGCUGCAGCCUGGGCUGCCCCAAGCGCUGGUUUGCCUCCAGUGUGCGGCUGGAGCUGUGGGAGGAGCCUGGCGGCUGUGCCCUCUGCCCUGAGGACCUCUAAACUGCCUGCCACUGGGCUGGGGGGUGAGACAAGGAGGCCUUGACAGACCCUUGACAGACUUGGCUGAGACCCAGGGUUAAGGGCUGUGGGGGAAGGAGGCCUGGGUUGUGAGUACUGACCGCUCCCUGAGGGGAGUGGGGAACCGAGCCCCAGCUCUGUCUCUCUCGUCCCUCCAGCGGGUGGGAUUGUCUUUUGAUAUAUGGGAUCCUGUUUCGCUUACAGAGGAUUAAAUAAAUGUAUCUAUUUUAUUAGCCUUUUAAA